AUGGCAAAACUAAACAAUUUAGCUAUCAUGGUCGCUUUGCUCUCAUCAAUGGUGGCAGCUGCUUCCAUGGUUGCUUUGGCAAGCCCUGUUGCUGCAGCUGAAGUGGAGGCACCAUCUCCUUCCCAAGACGACGUCAAGGUUACAAUCCCCCCAGAGCCUGAACCAGGUUUUUACCAAUUUUUGGAGGAAUGCACCCAAAAGAUGAGUCGCCAAUGUGGAGAAAAUGUUGUCAAAUCCCUUUUUGAGAAUGUCGACAAUUCUAGGAAAUGUUGCGGUGAGCUUGUUAAUGGAAUGGGAAAAACUUGCCAUCAGGACUUACUCAAGUUUUUCGUCUCUGUGCCGGAGUUGCACCCUAUGGCUUCUCAAAUUUACAUUAAAGGGGAUCAAUUGAGAAAGGUAACUGUGCAGGUUGGACUUCCAAUCAUUCCAAAGGUAGACGAAAGAGAUUCAUUGCUGGAACAGAUGAGAGCCAAGAUAGCUGAGAAUGAGAGGAAGCAACUGAACAUGAAUUUGAUGCCAAAAGGGUCUAACUUUGAGGUCAUGCAUUCUUAG